UGGAGCCAUAAAGGGCUCGCUCUACCUGUUGUGCGCGCAGGUCGAUCUGGUUGCCAGUCUCGUGUGAGUCUUUUCCGUCUGUCUAGCUGAGACUCGGAGGAUCCCUCUGAUUGGCUGCAGAGGAAAGCGAGCUCUUUCAGCCCACCCACAGCUGAUUAUAGGGACUCUUGCAGUCGCAGUUUGCUUCCUUGCAUUGAGUCUGGGACCUGGCCACGGGGCUGAACUGCACACACAGAGCGCGCAUCAUGGCAGCUACCCACAGCGAGUACAGAGGCUACCUGCGGAACCCCGUCGACAUCGAGGCAGGGCAGCACCGCUUCCACCCGGUGCAGAGCUCGGAGCCCACUUACCGGCCGCUCCUAUUCGGGACCCUCGCUGUUAUGGGAUUGCUUCAGGUGGCUUCCAGCGUGGCGAUCUUAUUACACCUGACAGGUUAUCUGCAAGAGGUAGAUUUGUCCACAGCCCCACAUCGACCCAUUGAGGAAGUGCAGACGGAGCCCGUUCUGAACGCACUGAGAGACACGAGGAAAAGCAGACGGUGCAAAACUCCUAAAGAGAGCCUGCCAUCAGCUCAUCUACCAAUCAGAGUACAUCAAGAGUACUCUAAGAAGGGUGAGCCAAAGACCGUCACCAUUGAGUGGAAUGAGGAGCACGGAUACCACCACAGAAUGGGCUACCAGAAGGGGAAACUGCUGGUGAUGGAGUCAGGUUUCUACUAUGUUUAUGCCAAGACCUGUUUCCGCUACUACAAGUACGUACCAGAGGACAGCAGUCAGGCCGGGGUCCCACCAGUGGAUGUUAGCAACACCCAGCUCAUCCAGUAUGUCUACCAUGAGAGCAUCAAACAGAACAGCAGGGCUGUAGUGCUGAUGAAGACGGGCAGCACCAUGCGCUGGAACAGCACGAGCUAUAACAUGUACUGUGCCCAGCAGGGCCGAGGGGUCCGGCUGGAGGAGGGAGACGCCUUGUACGUCAAUGUGUCCAAUGCUUGGCUGCUGGACCCAGAGGGAGAAGGGACGUAUUUUGGGGCCAUAAAGUUGGGUAACUGAAAUUUAAACACGUGGGGAGCGGACAUGCUACUGAACAUUUGAUAUGCCAAAGAACCACUGUUAGUGAUUUUAUAAUGUUGAUUUUUCAAAAAUGUGUGAUGUUGUUUUUUACAUUGAUCUCCACCAAAUAGCCUAGGAGUCCUUUAUGAGGAGAAAAAAAAAAAAACCUAUGUAGAGGUAGUCACCUUUUUAACUAUACUUGUCUUGCCAGUUAGCCCCACACCCCCACAUUCCCCUCCACACAGCUAUCAACUUCAUCCAAAAUAGCACUGGACAUUUUUGGUGGGGGCUUUUUUAAAGUAUUGCGGUUUGUAUUGGGUUUGCAGUUCACUUCAGAUUACAACAUUUAGAUUUAAGCAUACAGUAGACAUGUGUUUAAGCACUAAUUAAACAAACCACAAGGGAGCAACUGAGGAAGUAAGUUUGUUGGCAAGAAGUGCAGUGAAGAAGGAUUUAUCAAUGUUGAUUGUUGUGGAAAAAUGUCCAAAAAGAACAUUGUAGCUGGUAGAGCAUCUGCUUGUACUUAGCAGAUUAUCACAGAAUAAAAAUAGCAAAACUCCCAGGUCUGACUCACAGCAGUGAAUGCACAAAUGUUUUCCUGAAAGGUUUUGUAAGUGUGAACAAGGUAGGCAAUGAGGCGUCCUCACAGUAAGUAACUCAACGGUAUAAUUCAAAAUAGGCAGUUAUAUGGUGAUUUUAUAUCACCCUCAAAACCUCUAAGGCAUCAUUUAAACUUAAUGCCAUGAAAGAUUCACUUUGACUCUGACGUUGUUUUUUUAAACAACAAAACCAGUUGUAAAAGGUCAUGUGUGUGUGCUCCAAAACUCCUUUUGUUAUCCAGUUUUCUGUCUUAAUGACAUCUCACGAGUGGCCUGCUUCAUUUAUGGCGAUUACACGACAAUGUCAUAUUAUACUAAGGAGGAAAUGACAUCUGUUUGUUAUGUUUAUGACAAUCAACAAGCGAUGCAGAUAGCUGGACUGUCUGACCAUGAAUGACAUGAAUAGACUCUUGUCUUCUUUAACUAGAGGAACCAAAUUGACUUUGGUUCAUCUUUAACUUAAAGUUUGUUUUUCAUUUGGCUCUUCAGUGAGGUAAAUGGGAAUAUGCACUAAAUAUUUAUUUAUUAGCUCUAGAAGUACAGAGACAGGUCAUUGUUAAAGUGACCUUUCGGCUGUAAAAAUCAUUUAUAUUUUAUGUCUGUAUGACAUUCAUUAAGCAGCACUUAGAGGAAAUAGUAGACACGCUUUUCGUUAUUAAAACACAGGGGCUUCAUUUUAAAUUCCAUAUUUAUGUAUCUUGAUUUUGACAAUUCUGUGUGCACUUGCUUAGCUAAAAGCAAUAUGGAUAUAUUGUUUCUUCUACAAGAUUGUAGCAUACCUGUAAGAUCUUCAUCUGAUAGAUUUUUUUUUUUCCAUUCAGUGUUUUUUUUUUUUUUUUUUUUUUUUUUUUUUUAUGUUUGUGUAUGUUUUUAAUAAAAAAACUACUUUUGUAACAGCGUUUCACGUGUAUUGACAUUACCCGAGUCAGGCUGGUGCUGUUGUUUGCAGUGAAGAGGAUUAAACUUCACAGGAUUAGGAAGCAGCCACCUUGCACUGUAACCUGAGGAACAGGCCACCCUGACUGUAAUAUUAUUGUGACGUGCAAUUUGAUAAUCUCCACAAUCUUUGGAAAAUUCAACACCACUAUGGCCAAAGAGUCAAGUCACGCUGUUCCUUUACCCUGCUGCAACCCCCGGUCAGAGCGGCCCACCAGCUCAUUACACAGAUAGGUUGUAUAGAAAAACCGCCUACUGCUGCUACAGCGCUGUUAACUCACAGCAGACAUUUGGACCACAGCACAGAGCGACCUGCAGAAUAAACAAGAAACAGACUGCAUGGGAUGGGAAUAAUGAUGAGAAUUUCGUUACUUUACUGUAAUGUGUGUAAGCCAUUUUGAGCAUUGUGGUGAUGGGUCUCCCAUGAAGCCACAUGCGUGUGCAAGAGAGAGAAACUGUUUUAAUGUUGGACCUGAAGCCAAACAAUUCCUCUAUUGUCUGUAGUUGGGCGUUCACCAGCAUAUGGCCUCAGAAUGGUUCACACGUUUGUGCUGUAUGCUGGGACCUCACACGGCUUUCAGCUCAUUGUUCAGACGUUACUGAGAGUUUGAAAUAAAGUCUGGGGUUUGAGGAGAAAUACUUGGCAGAGAUGCAUAAGGAGCUGAUUAGUUUUCAAGUUUUGACAUGAUUUUCAUUGCCAUAUUUUCUGAAGUGUACAUAUUUUCUGAAGUGUUUCUGAAAGAGAAAGGAGAUUCUUUUUCCUAAUACAUUUUUAAGGAAAAUUGUUCACUUGUGUCUAAAAUAAUGUUUUUUUAAGAACUAUUUUAUGCAAAUAGCAAACAAUACUUGCGCAGAGUUUUGCAACACUAAACAAUUCAGCUGUGGUGUCCAUAGGGCUACUCUGUUUCAGACUUAAAUAGCUGAAGCCAUAAGUGUAAACAAUGGGCUUCCGUAGUGUGCCACCCGUUUGAAGUGACUUGAUUUCCCAAUUCUUGGCCAGAAACCAUUAAAAUGUGUUGUGUCAGUAAACAUUA